AUGACGGCCGCCGACCUCGACGCCGAAAACAUGGCCUCGUGGGUCACCAACGCGCAGUUCUGGGACGACUCCAUCGGGGCCAACGGCAACGUCUACUGGCGCAAGCUUCAGGAGCCGUCGCUGCGGCGGCUGGUGUCUGCCAAGAUCGAGGCCGCCAAGGCGUCGGCCGACGGGUGCCGCGCGCUCGACAUCAGCACCGGCAACGGGCUGUGCGCGCGCUGGCUGGUCGACGAGGGUGCGUCGCCGGUCCGCGCCGUCGACGGCAGCUCGACCAUGAUCGAGGUGGCCAAGGCCAGGAUGGCCGAGGCGCAGCCGCGUUACGACGGCGUCAGUCUGGGAAUGCUCGACGUGACGGAUCCUGCUGCCUUUGCGCCCGAGAUUAAGACGGCCGCCGAGUUCGGCGGCUACGACGUGAUCUUGAUGAACAUGGCCAUCCAGGACGUGCCGACUCUUGAACCGCUCGUCGAGGCGCUGCCGAAGCUGCUGAAGAAGGACGGAAUAUUCUUCGGCACACUCCUCCACCCCGUCUUUCUGACCUCGGGCGCGGCCCGAGAUAUCAAGCUGACGUGGGUUGACGGCGAGCUGGUCGUUGAGCGGGCGCGCAUCGUCAAGGACUACAUGUCCAUCCCGCCCUACAGAGGACUCGCUAUACCCGGUCAGCCAGCUAAGCAGGUCUACUACCACCGCAAUUUCCAAGACUUGUUUGCUCCAUUCUUCCGAGCCGGCCUAGUUCUGGAUAAAUUGGAGGAGCUAGCCUUUUCCGAAGAGGAUGGCGACCCUGACAAGAUUGAGUCAACCCUCAACUUCACGCAGAUACCGGUCAUGAUGUCGUUCCGUGUGCGACGGGGAGAUUAAAUAUAGAAAAAGGCUUAUUUUCAAGCCACAAUGAGUUUUGAACACAGAUUGAUAGGAACCUCCCACUUUUUCAUCGAUAAAAAUAUGCAAUCUGCACUUAUUAGACUAGACUGGAUGUCAUAUCAUGUAUGGUAUGACCCUCGAGGAAAACAUCAAAAAUUUUCCCGCUGUAUCCUCUGUUCCCCUUUUACUCGUAAAGACACAUCAACGACUGCUUGUAUCAAAAAUAUUGGCCCAGGAAUUCCCUGAUUGGGGGUACAAUCCAUCGUCUCCCAGGUAUUACCACCGGCACCUCUGGCUCAAUCGGAAUCAUCGCGUUGAGUGGUGGAAUCUGAUCAAGCAACUCUUCAUUCCAGUCAGUGGCUGGAGCAUUGAGACCGAGUCCCCGAAACACCUUGUCCACACAGUUGUCCAUGACUUCUUGGACUCGGUUCUCCGUGUGCCAAGCCCCGUUCCAACUUGCGGAAAAGGUGACUCUGUUUUCAUGGGCCAUCACACUCAUGAUUAUAUCUCGAGAGAGUACAAAUCUGGUGAUUACGGGUCGCUCAAUGUGAAGUGUACCAAUAUUAGUCCGCAUUAUUUGGUCGAUGUUGUCCAUUCCAGGCCAAAACAGCAGCAUAGGGGUUUGAUCGCUCCUUUCCAAGAACGUCACUAAUUCUGGGUCGGCAGCAUCGGCAUCCUCAAGUGCCGCAGGCUUGACUUCAGGUUCAGGUUGGGCUUCUGCGCAGAACUUCUUGAUUUGUUGCAUAACGAAAAGGAACUCAUGCUGGUCUGCUUGAGAAUGCUUGGGACUCAUGCAGUUGAAGAGAAGUGUUCCAACUCUCCCAAGUGUGCUGUUUAGAGACACGAGGCUUGGAGGUGGCCCAUCUUGCCAAUUGGGGACAAGCACUGGCAGGUCUCUUGAAGCGCGCACGUCGACCUGGAGACAUCUGUGUGAAAGUCUGUGAUGAACCGAUGCUGGGUCUUGAACUCUGCGAGGAUUGAAAUCUCUUGUAUCACAGGUAAUGCGGCUCAUGUAACGAACGGCGGUGGCAUCUGAGCCUUGCAAAAGGUGUCGGCUCUGCCAAUCUCGAGAUACCAAUAUAAUGGCUGCAUGAAAGGCAUGAGACACUGUUCUGCCUAACGCCGAUAGAUUCGUCACCAAUAAUGCGGUGUCAAUCUCAUUCAGCUCGAUAUAUCGGUUGGUGGGCAUCAUCGACUCCGGGCCCAGGCGUACUUCGGGCAGUAGAUUGAGAUGUGUGGGAAAUUCCGAAGCUACGACACCGGGUGGCAUAGGAGCAGCAGGUUGCUUGCCGUGACCGAGCGGUUUCCGUGUGUGGCUGCUAGGCAAAACAGGAGCAUACCUGGUACGCAGAGGACUUAUGUUGAUAUCUCGAUUCCCUUAGUCGAGAUUCUCUGGUGUAGGCCUUCUGAUAUCAUUGGCGGCGAACAUGACCAGCGCAUUGAGAAGUCCGAGGGCGCCGUUGUUGUCAAUCAACCAGGCGGGCGAUCUCAGAAUCAAUUGAGUCUCCAGAAUUUCGCUGUGAAGAUCUGGCUCUGGGAUGAGUGCAGAGAGUUGGCACAUGUCCAACGACCCUUCUAUGCUCGACAUGGACUCCUCGGUAGGACCGCUUCUAUACGUUGCGGCCACCCAUUCAGAUAUCGUCGAACCAGCUGUAUUGCCGACGCGAAGACAAGACCUUCUGAGCGUGUCUGUGUUGGGAUCUCGACUGACUGUAGCUGCAAUUGCUGGAUGACAGAAGCGGAGCUUGACCCAAGCUCUCUCUAUCGCAACCUUGAAACGCCCCUCGAGAUUGUUCGCGAAUGAAGCUUUCCGAAAUUGAUCACGUUUCAACGUGACCACACACGAGGCUGUGAUCAUCUAGGCUUCACGGCCCGUCCAGUUCCAGUUUUCGGCUAUGUUGUAGUAGGUCGCUUCCAUACUGUUGAGCUCGCAGCUGACUGAACCGCCAUCGGGACGUGGUUCAUCGAUCUCCAUUGACUGUAAAUCUGCUGAAGACAUGCGGGGAAAAAAUAACUCGCGUCACCGCAAAAUAACUUGAGUUCUGUACUAUGUUCUAGGCGAUGGCUGGAAAAAUGA